GCACUUGCUUUUAAAGAUGAAUACUACGUGUGUCGACCUUAUAUUAAGCUUUGACCCGUGCAAGAACUUUGUCGUCGAAGUAAGAGGGCGCAUCAGAGAGCAAACGCAAGAAUUCAGUCACUUUCACUUGGUCAGAUACGGGUGUAAAAAGAUGUCCUCCGCAACUUCAACUUCCCGAAUUCCCUCCCAGUCCUCUGCCAGCACGACGACAGCGUCGUCGCCGGCCACUACGGAUGUUGAAUCCUCCUCUGCACAGGAACAACAGCAAGAACCCGGCUCUCGAGGACAUCCUUCACAACGGCCCGAGCGGGUGAUGACCAAUAACAAGCAACGUUCUACCAGUAAAAAAUCGGCAAAUAAACAACUUUCCUCAACGCCGCAGAAUAAGCAGCGGUUGGUGUUGAAAAAUCCGGACGGCUCGCUUGUCGCUGGGUUUUCCCUAUCAAAUGCAAAAAUGUCUGGGGCUGGGAGGAAUUAAACUUCUCAUGCGCAUUUCGCAACACACACAAAUCUCUCAUGCAUAGGCAGCAAAAGUUGCCCAUUCUCUGUCACGAAAAUGGGACAUUUCUCAUGCGGAUUAGGCAUUGCGGAACCUUAUCGAUGCCUGUGAUGCUAAGGCCUCCAUGCCACACCUUCUGAGGCAUGCAAAAACAGCAUGAGAAAAAUCUGCACUCAUUCAGACCCAGACAUAUUUGCAAUGCAUAUUCCCAAUCCUACGUGGAGCCGAAGCCCCCCGCUUCGCCCGCAAACCACGUGCCCGCGUGGCUGGACUAUCAAAUGCAAAUAUGUCUGGGUCUGGAAGGUUGCAACUUGUGAUGCUGUUUCUGCGUUCUAAAAAAAUCUGUAUUGCGUGACCAGCAAGAGGAGUCCAGUUUGUGCUACAUGAAGACGGCGUCUCUCAUGCGGAAUAAGCAUCAGGAAGCACCGUAAAAGUCUGUGAUGCUAGGUUAUGCAUUACAGGCGUCAUGGGUCAUCUAAAAUUUAGGACAAGAGCAGACAGUAAGAAUAUCAAAACAAGAUGAAAAAUGCACGCAUACACGCGCACUGCUUAACUGUGUGAAAGGUGUCGGCCCUGUUUGACCUGCUGCGGCAGGCAGGUGAAUUCGUAGAACUGCUUCACAUGUUAAGUAACGCACACCGGCCUCCUAGUUUUAGUGAUGAAUUUAUAUGCGCCAACAUUAGUGAAAAAUUUAUAUGCGCAGCGGCUUACUGCGCAGCGUCGGUUCGUGCACGUGUGUCGCUCUUCGUUCGUUGUCUCCAGGAGCUUGAUCGUAAAUUCGUGCGCUCCUCCUGCUUUAUAAAAUUCGAUCUUCCCAUCUGCCCCCGUUUUCCCACGUAGAUUUAGAUCUCUACCCUUUUAUAUCUUCUGUCGUUUAGUUUUGUUGUUUUGCCUGACUUGCCUUCUUAGCGCUAGCCCGCGCAUCCCGCGUUCUUGCAGGGGCAGCUGUCUUUUUUUCCGCCUUGCCAGCGGAUUUUGUCGCGGGGAAGAAAGCACUCUGGGUUCAACGGUCCCCGCCCCCCCUCGUCGUGGGUUCAACGGCCCCCAUCCCUAAAGAGACCACUUAGAAAUAAUUCUACAGUAGAUUGCAAAUUUUACAGCGGUCGCCCGUUUUGCAUCGGCCGAGGCUGCACACGCGUCCGGAGUAUUUUUCACUGACGUCCCUCGGCUUGGGUCAUAUGAUGUUCUUCGUCAGGUCGCGCAGCCUCUAUUAAUGCGAUUCGGGUCGGCUGCGCCCUAUGGCUAGUAUCUGUGAUCCAGCUCGGCCAUAUAUUUCGGGUUUCGACCCGAAUAGCGCGCACUAGGCGCAACUAUCUCUUUAUACAGUGGUCUCUCCCUAUCUUUACUAUCUUUCAGUGCAGCGGCUUACUGCACUUAUCGCCCUACGGAGACUGUGAUCUGACCUCCCUCUACCUCCCCUGGUGGACGUCUGCCGCGGCUUACGGCUCUGGACGUUAACUAGGAUCGAGUGCGUUGUGCGGGUUUAGGGUUUUGAAUAUUUAAUUUUGUAUCUCCCACUGCUGCAUGCACCCUGCUGCAGAACUUGUGAUGCAAAACAACCUCCGGGUUGUUCCCGCGCUUCAGGAGUAGUUCUGUUGCGUGCGGGCAGCAGAAGAUGAGUAAUGCUGUUGGUUUAGGGGGUUGAAAAUGUUUGUGCAUGUGUAAUGCAAAAGAUGAAAAAGAUUCGCGCGUGGGAGCGCAUUUUUAAGCACAACGGGCGGGUGCCGUUCCCGCCGUCACACAAUCACAUACAAUACAAUACAAUACAACAGAGCGGGGCCCAAUCAAAAAAAAAAAAUUUGCAUGACAAGUCUUGAAUUCUUCCAGACCCAGACAUUUUUGCAUUCCAUAUGGACGGGGGCGUUGCAAAUGAGUUGGAGUACAUCUACACGAAGCACGAGCAGCUCUUUCUCGGGUUGCUGAUCGUGCAGUUCCUGAUCGAGAUCGUGUUUACGGGACUGUAAGCGAUAUUUUCCUUUCUUGCGUUUUAGCUUUGUUCUGAUACAGUUAAGUACAGAAUUUGGGUUAGGAUCUGGUGAGUACAGAAUUUGUGUUGGUGGUAAUAAAUCCGCCGGCAUCGGCAUCCGAUAUUUCUCAUGCGUGAUGCUGAAAUGCGUAUGCAACUGCAAGGAAAAAAAUAAUUUGUGAUGCGAAAAUCUCAUACAUACAAUCCUUACUACAUCACCAGGUACAUCUACUAUGGCAAUGAAUUGAUCGAGGAGAUGACGAUCAUUUAUUCGCACUUGAUCGGGAAGAACAACGUAGUCCGGCUCUACACCCUGACCGUCAUCGUCGAACUGGUCUACAUAUGAAAUGCAAAUAUGUCUGGGUCUGCAUGAGUACAAGGUUUGUCAUGCAUAUUUUCCAUGAGUCAUGAUGUCUGUGAUGCAUGCCUAGCAUCACGAUCACAGAUUCUGCGGGAGCUUUCUGAUGCUCCUACCGCAUGAGAAAUGCCCUCUUUGCGUAGCAACAACUGGACUUCUUUUCCUGUUCAUGCAAGACAGAUCUCAUGUUGAAUCCAAAGGCAGCAUCACAAGUUGCACCCUUCCAGACCCAGUCAUUUUUACAUAUGAUACUACAGCUCGUUUUACUACCUCCUCGGCGGCAUGGCGUUGUGGAAGGGGAAAGCGGUUCUGUUCGAGCGGUUCGCGUCCUUCGCGCUGUUCGGCUGCCUGCAGUCGGUGUUCCUCGCGUUCGCAAACAAAUUCAACCUGAUCUGCUUCCUCUUCCGGUUACUGGCCUACAUCUACGCGCGGUUUCUCCGCAACUACCUGCGGUCGGUGGCGAUCUUGCAGGAGCCGUCGAGAAGAGCUGGUAUCGAGGAGGACAGUCCGGAGCGGGGGAGGGUGGCCGGCGGGGGGAUACCGUGAGCUGCAGGAGAGGAAAUUGCAGGACAGUAGCAGAACUUGAUUAUUGCUUCUUGGUCGUGGCCGCGGGUGGAUGGACGUGGGCUGCCGGAAGAUGAAGUUUCAUGGAGCUUCUAGAGCUUUUAGCAGAGCUUCAAGUUUUUACUGGCGAACAAAUGCCGCGUGGUCGGGGUGCGGACGCUGUGUUCCGGAACAGCCAGACAAGUGCAUCAGUCACCUCUCUUCUGAUCAAGAAGAGGUGCGACUGCGGUCGGCGGGUAGGGAGGUAGAAUCUCCAGGGACCACACUCACGACCGGGACUGCAGCGACGCACGGGAUUACAAAAACAGCGAGAGUGCUGCCUGGUGCUCAGCCUGACAGGCGACUUUAUUACAGCGACAGUAGGUUGAAUUCUCUGGUGGACUUCGCCGCUGGUGAUGCGUGUGAAACAUGACAGGCGCUGCACGAUGAAUA